GAUAUUAUGGAGAGGACUGUAAUAUAAAAUGUGGACUUUGUCUUAACGAUGCACAAUGUCACCAUAUUAAUGGGUCAUGCUUAAAUGGCUGUGGAGCAGGCUUUAACGGAACUCAAUGUACUGAAGUCUGCAAGAAAGGAUUUCACGGAUUAAACUGUAUACAAGAAUGUCAUAUCUGUAAAGAUAAACAAUGCUGGCCAAUCAACGGAUCUUGUGUCUUGGGGUUAAAACAAACUGAACAGCCAGAGAACUCACAAAUAGUAGGAGCAGCCGUGGGGACUGUUGUUUUUGUACUGAUAGCAGCAGCAGCAGUUUUAUUGUUUCUUUUCAUGAGAAGGUACAGGAAACCAAAGGAAGACGGUAAAAGCUCAAAACUUUUACACGAAAGCACUGAAGAGCAUCAAUUCAACAAUGUGUACACGAAUUCAAAUGCUGUACAAGAAUUGAGAAAAAAAGGUAUCCCAAAAUAUAAUUCAGCUGACAAUUUAAACAUGGAAGUAUUAAUCAGUGAUCGAGAAGAAAAAGACGAGAUUCACGACGAUUUGGAUGACUUAUACAUGAACCAGCUUAGUUUAACCGAAAUUCCCAUUGUUCAGUUGGGAGCAGCUAUAGCUGAAAAGAGGGAAAAUGACAACGAAGGUUUUCGAAAGGAAUAUGCAGCUUUUCCAUCAGGCGACCUACAUAAAUGCGAUGCGGGAAAAAGAAUAGAAAAUGUUCCAAAGAACAGAUUCAAAACAACAUUUCCAUAUGAUCACUCCAGAGUUAUAUUAAGAAGACAGGAUGAAAAUGAAUCAGAUUACAUAAAUGCAAAUUAUAUUGACGGACCAAAUCGGAAGAAAGAAUAUAUUGCUGCCCAAGGUCCAAAACAGAAUACACUGGGAGAUUUCUGGACAAUGCUUUGGCAAGAGAAUAUAUCCACUAUUGUAAUGUUGACUAACCUACGAGAAGGGGAAAAGAUUAAGUGUACACAAUAUUGGCCUGACAAGGACAAACACAUUAAUUAUGGGAUUGUCUCCGUGAAAUGGAUUGAACAACGAGAUUAUGCUUUCUUUGUUGUUAGGAAAUUAAAAGUGAUAAAUAAAGAGAUGAAGAAAUCACGUGUUCUGACUCAUUACCAUUACACAGCCUGGCCAGAUCACGGGACACCAGACCCACUUUGUUUAAUCAUAUUUCAUAAUCACGUGAUCCGAACCAAAUCCAAUCAGAACAAUGCACCGACUGUUGUUCAUUGCAGUGCAGGGGUUGGUAGAACAGGCACAUAUAUAGCGUUGGACAUACUUCACCAGAUAGGAAGUAAAGCAGGGAAGGUCAAUGUUGCUGAUUGUGUCAGGAAAAUGCGGGAAAACAGAAUGACCAUGGUCCAGACCUACGAACAAUACAUUACCAUAUUUCUGACUUUACAAGAAGACUUCAAAGCGCCAAUGAAGGUAGACAGCAUAGACAAUAUUAAGGAAAAGAUUGAAAACUCUGGAAAAGAUACGCCUCUCAAUCAAAGCGUUCUUCAUAAAGAAUUUCAGCUUCUACUUAAAAUAACGCCAAUUUAUACUGAGGCAGACUACAAGUUUUCUAAACAGAGUUGUGGAAAUAAAAAUAAUAAUGGAAUUCUUCCACUUGAUAAAUACAAUGUUCACUUAUCAUCAUACGUCCCAAAGAGAGGAAGCUACAUUAAUGCAAUUUCAGUGCCAUCCUUUACCAAACUGAGAGGAUUUAUCGUUACGCCAUAUCCUGCUGAAGAGGACGCUGUUGACUUCCUACGUCUGCUUAAUGAUCAUGAAUGUGACACUGUCAUUUGUAUGGAUCCAUUGGCAGAAAUCCAGUCAUCCAGUGAAUGGUUACCCCCUAGUUCGUCAUCCAAAUUUGUUCCUCCCUUCAUGGUUCACUGUCAAUCAUAUUCUCAAGCAGAUGUCACUAGCAGCACCAUCCAGAUUGUUCUCGAUAAAAAAGAAGACGAAACACACGUUGUUAGAAUUGUUGAACCUACGGAAAAAAUGAAAUCAUCUGGAGAUUCACUGGAUACAUCACAACUUCGGAAUCUUGUGUCAGCUGCUCUAAACACCGAUACUGAAAACCCCAUUGCUGUGAUGAGCAGAGAUGGCGCUUUCCUUUGUGGUCUGUUUUGUGCAAUACACAAUGUCAUAGAACAAAUAACCAUGGAUGAAUGUGCUGAUCUUUUCACUUCUGUGAGACAAAUUCUCAUUAGAAGACCAGAGUUCUGCAAUAAAAUAGAUGAAUACAAGCUAAUCUACAAAGCUGUUAAUGACCAUCUACAGAGUUCAUCAGAAAAUAUCUACUUCAAUCAAUAAGGAAUCGUUUGUUUGUAGGGAUGUUUAUUUUUACUCCAAUCAAUACGUGAUAGUUUGUUUGUAGGUGUGUUUAUUUUUAUUUCAAUCAAUAAGGAAUCGUUUGUUUCUAGGCCUGUUCUUGUGUUAUUUUUGUCGUAUCGUUAACAAAUAACUCAGCCAAAAACAACUGUUUAAAAAAACUGUUUCUCAUUUAAUAACAAUAUAUACAUUUAUUCAUCUCAGUGUUUAAAUUGUGUUGAGGGCAACUCAUCAAAGUACUAAAGUAAGAUUUAGUGGUGAAGGAUUGUUCGUCUUUUGUGUUUGUCACAACGAUAUAUAGAUUUGUUAUCUUUCUUAUUAAGAUAUUUAAAAGUUUUUAUAGAAAUUAUCGUUUUCUUGCAAUAAUAUCCGAUCAUACAUGUGGUUACUCAAAUGACUGUGAACCUAUUGUAGAUUAUGAAACAAUAAAUAAGUUUG